AGUGGACAGCCCUCGGCUGGGGUCCUUUCGGAGCAGCUGUCAUGGCGGCGGAGGUGAUGGCAGGACCGGAGCUGGGCUCAGAUGCAGAGCGAGAUCUCGAGUUCAUCAGCGCCGCAAAGAAGCGGGGGAAGCGUAAGAGGAAGAUGGAGACGGGAGCGGCCGGCAUGGAGGCGGAGGACCCGCCAGCGAACAAAAGGCCUGAGUUCCCCGCUAUCUCCGGACACCAGCUGGAUGGCAAAGAUGAAAUUCGCAAAGUAGCUGUACCUGCACACAGAUAUACACCUUUGAAAGAGAACUGGUUGAAAAUCUUUACCCCAAUUGUUGAACACCUGCAGCUACAAGUGAGGUUUAACCUGAAAACUAGAAAUGUUGAAAUCAAGACUUGUAAAGACACACAAGAUAUAAGUGCAUUGACGAAGGCUUCAGACUUUGUAAAGGCUUUUGUUCUUGGAUUCCAAGUAGAGGAUGCCUUAGCAUUAGUUCGAUUGGAUGACCUAUUCCUCGAAACGUUUGACAUUACUGAUGUGAAACCAUUAAAAGGUGACCAUCUUUCCAGGGCAAUCGGAAGAAUAGCUGGCAAAGGAGGAAAAACAAAAUUUACAAUAGAAAAUGUAACAAGAACAAGAAUAGUUCUUGCUGACUCGAAAGUCCACAUCCUUGGCUCUUUUCAAAACAUUAAGAUGGCUCGGACAGCAAUCUGCAACCUUAUCCUAGGGAGCCCUCCAUCUAAAGUUUACGGCAAUAUCCGAGCAGUAGCAAGCAGAGCAGCAGAACGUUUCUGAUCAUGCAGUGAUCUCACUGCACAACGAAUUCAAGGACUGGUUUGGGAGUAUUUUUCUCCAGUGGCUACUUUAAAUUAUAUAGAAUUUUACAGGCAUUUACUAAAUGUAAAUGUUUUCAAAGACAAAAUGGGAUAGAACAAAUAAAUUGUUCUAGACAUA